ACGAAGGUGAGGUCGGAAAAAGCCCUGACAUGGAUAGCCAGGCAGAGGACGACGAGAUAUUCCUAAAUGGUGAAGAACAGAAUCAAAGGGAUAACAAUCUGUUGCAUCCUGAGGAUAAUACUCAAUCGGAAGGGGGAAUACCCCGCCGAAGCAGCCUUGUCAAAGAUGCAUCACACCGUGCAUGUCGAAAUAAGAAAACGGUUUCAUUUAGUAGUAUGCCGACGGAGAAGAAAAUUGCAAACGCACCUGACUGCCUCAACUAUAUGCAACAAGGUAUCGAGUGUAUAAAAGUCCGCUCAAAUAGUCGCCAAUAUCAUAGACUUUUUACAUUGGAUAAAAACCUCACGGAAAUACGAUGGCAGCCCACUUCAAAGAAACCCCACAAAGCUAGAAUUCCCAUAGAAACAGUAAAAGAAGUACGUGUUGGAAAAAAUACGGACGUUUUAAGAAAUCAGGAAGUAGCCGGGAUAUAUCCGGAUGAAUGUGCAUUUUCAAUUAUAUACGGAGAUAGUUUUGAUUCAUUGGAUCUCAUAGCUAAUACGCCGGAUGAAGCUAACAUAUGGGUGACUGGACUAACGUGGCUUCUCUCUAUGGGCAAGGACAAUACGUCUCCAGAUGCGGUGGAAGAGCGGUUAUCGCAGCAAAUGCGGGACCAGUGGUUAUUAGAAGUAUUCAAAUCUGCUGAUCAGGACAAAUGUGGAGUAUUAGACGAGUAUGAAGUGAUAGAAUUAAUGAAGAAAUUAAAUAAAAACAUUACAACUCGGCAGAUACAACAAAAAAUGAAGGAAUUACAACUUGACCGCACACAGAACAAUGAAAAUAAUCGGGGGCGUUUAGACAGUGAUGACUUCGCUAGUAUAUUUAAAGAUAUCACGACAAGACCUGAAAUCUAUUUUCUACUUGUAAGAUACUCCAGUAAUGCUGAUUAUAUGUCUGUGGAUGAUCUGUUGUUAUUUUUAGAGGCUGAACAAGGGAUGGCCAAGGUAACAAAAGAUAAAUGUCUUGAGAUUAUUAACACUUUUGAACCUUCCAAAGAGGGACGGACGAAAGGAGUCAUAGGAAUUGAUGGAUUCACUGCCUAUUUACUGUCUGAAGAAUGUGAUAUUUUUGAUGUGGAGCAUCAAGCUGUCUGCCACGACAUGAGAUUACCACUGUCGCACUACUUUAUUGCAUCCUCGUAUAACACAUAUCUAAUGGAGGAUCAGCUAAAAGGUCCAUCGAGUGUUGACGGUUACAUCAGGGCCUUACGUAAAGGAUGUCGCUUUGUAGCAUUGGACUGCUGGGAUGGUCCUACCGACGACCCGAUUAUAUAUCACGGUCACACGCUCACCUCGAAAAUCUCCUUCAGGUCUGUCAUUGAAGCCAUCAAUGAACAUGCCUUUGCUGUAUCUGAAUACCCUGUGAUAGUGUACAUAGAAAACCAUUGCAGUAUCAAACAACAGCAACUCAUGGCUCACUACCUGAUCACGAUAUUCGGUGAUAAGCUGGUCAGAGUGCCUGUUGAGAAAGACUGCCAAUUCCUGCCAUCGCCCGAGGCUCUCAAACACAGAAUCAUAAUAAAGGGUAAGAAGCUUCAUGACAAUGACAACACGGAGGGCUACGUGACUGAUGAGGAAGAGAACACAGAUGUGGAGAAGAAGAAAAACAACAAACGGGAGGGAUCCGUCAAGAAGCACAAACUUGCCAGUGAGCUUUCAGACCUUGUGAUCUACUGUAAAUCAGUCAGGUUUGAAGAUUUCCACAACUCUGCCACACAACAACAUUUCUCCGAAGUGUGCUCAUUCUCCGAGUCCUCCGCCUUGAAACUUGCCAACGCCUGCCCUGAAGACUUCGUUCAGCACAACAAGAAGUUCCUCUCACGAGUUUACCCCAACGGUAUGAGGGUCGACUCGAGUAAUUUCAACCCACAGGAUGUGUGGAACUGUGGUUGCCAGAUAGUAACGAUGAAUUACCAGACGCCAGGGUUGAUGAUGGAUCUGAAUGAUGGACACUUUCUCAAGAACGGAGGAUGCGGCUAUGUUCUAAAGCCCGCCAUCAUGAGAGACGAGAUUGCAUUCUUUAGUGCCAACACCAGAGAUGUCAUACCUGGGGUGUCACCGCAGAUUCUACACAUAAAAAUCAUUAGUGGCUACAACUUCCCCAAACCGAAGGGUUCUGGGGCCAAGGGUGACACAACCGACCCAUAUGUGAUGGUGGAGAUCUUUGGGAUUCCUGCUGAUUGCGCUGAGGAGAGAACGAAAACUGUACCACACAAUGGCCUUAACCCUAUCUUUGACGAGAGCUUCGAGUUCCAGAUCAACCUGCCUGAGUUAGCACUUGUCCGCUUUGCCGUCUUGGAUGAUGAGUUUAUUGGUGAUGAGUUCAUUGGGCAGCAUACCAUUCCGUUUGAAUGUAUGCAAACAGGAUACCGCCAUGUAUGCAUGUACUCCAACACUGGUGACCUGCUUGAGAACUGUACACUGUUUGUUCACAUAGCAAUCACAAACAAGCGAGGAGGCGGGACAUGUUUCCUCAGGAGAUUCAGGCGCAAGAAGCCUCAGCGGCGAGGGAUGUCCGUGAAGAAGGGCAAGAAGACCCGGGAGUACACUGUCAUGAAGAACAUCGGUGCAAAACAAAUUGAUGAUACAUUCAAACUUGCCAUGUCCCCUUUACGAGAGGGUACCGACCUCCGUGACAACGUGAUGGUGACCUUAUCAGCUUUCAAGGAAGCGUGCGGCCUCUCUCCCAUCUCAAACAUUAAACAGUGCAUACGGAUGCUGGCAUCUAGGAUAACCACCACGGGUGAUAACGUCAAGUUGGUUCUGAUCAUGAGGGCUGGGUAUCCAAACUUAGAGGCGACAGGUACUGUGCCAGAGAUAUACAGGAAAGCACUGGUAUUGUUCGAUGAUCUGAUCAGCGAAUGCAAGCAUCUGAUCAAUGAGGCUGAAUCCGUGUAUGAGAAGAUCAUCCAAUGUCAGCAGCGGGGAUUGGAGUGGUAUGAGGAACUGCAUAACCUCUGUCAGCAGGCUGGACUCAAGGGAAAGAAGCUUGUAAAGGCAACAGAAAACUUUGCUUGGAAUAUCCGUGUGUUGAAGGGACAAGCUGAUCUGCUCCGACAAGCCAAGAAGGAAUGCCACGAAUAUAUACAACAGGUCCAGGAAGCAGCUCAUUCUCUUGGACUCAUACGGACGUCUCAAAAGACUGCUACACUUUAGCAUUCGACAUUCUAGAUCAACUAGAUGAGUAACUGCCAAAACUACCAUCAACGCGGUGUCAUCAGCUCAGCCUUAGUUGGGCCGACGAUGAUGCUGGAUUGUGUCAGUUCAGUUAUGUGGCAUCGGUUCUGCUUUCCUUGUUUCUGGAUUGUGACGGCUCAGUGACCGGACUGACCAUGGUUCAACUAUUGUUGGCUAUGGACAAUUCUGGAUGGUGCUUGCUCAUCAACAUGAAAUGGCCAACAAUAGAGGAAGAGUCCAUUUUGUGACGCAGAUUAGCUUUAGAGGAAAGAGACACGGAUAUUGAUAUGAUCUUGAUUAUGCCUUAGCACCCUGCUUAAGCAUGGUGCAGCUUAGUCGCUGGUCCCAUAGCCUGAUAGUGGCCACUGUAUUCAUUUUGCUGUGCUUCCAGAUGAGUCUCUGUGUAUAUAGUGCAAUCUAAAAAACAUAUUGAUUAUGAUGAGAAAACUAUAAAGCAAAGACUACUUCAGCCAAUUAUUUCCAUGUUUCAACUAUGUGCAGGGUUUAAAGAGUUGCAAAAGUUUUCCAAACAUAUCUUCUGACAAAUAAUUGAAGUGCGAUGAAUCUGAGUACGUAGGAAAUGCACUGCCAUUUAUGUAGAAAUGCAAGUAAGGCAUUGAAAAACUGUUUGUACAUUUUGAUGAAUUAAAUUAUUAUCUAUUGGAUCACCCAGUGAAGUUCUUUGCACAAGAUGACAAAUACUCAUAGAUAAAGAAAAAAUACUCAUUGAGCUAGAAGAAGUUGUUACAUUUGUAUGAUUAUAGGCCUCCUUUACAUGAAUUGUACAUCUGAUUGGAGUUCACGUACUGUGGUGAUAACAUUUUAAAAUUGGGGUGGGGGAUUUCAGUUUAUUUCUGCUGCUUGUUCUAGUCAUAACUGCAUAGGCCAAAUGCAUUCUUGUUGCAUAUUAACAAAGACCCACAACUUCGAAGUUUGAAGUAGUGGGUUUUUAAUGUUGAGGGCAUAACUGGACCACCUCAUAAAAGAUCUAGGGGCAUAGGUGCUGCCAGGAUUCCCAGGAGACGGGGGGUCGUUUCACAAAAUACCAGGUCAAAUUUGAAGAAAUUUACCUAAAGGGCAAUUCUUGGUCAAUUUGAACGAUUUUUCCCAAAGGGAGUUUGUUCAGUCCCCUUGAGUUCGCUUAUGAGGACGUAGUUUGGAGGGGGGGGGGGGGGGGGGGUGAUGAAUUAUGAUUGAAUGUAAAAAAUAAGAAUACCAAAUAUUGUGUGGAUCACAUAUUCUUCUGACUGUUGUCCAUGUCGACUCACUUUAAUAUUGAUGUAUAUAGGAUAGAUAUAUAUUUAAAUGAUGUACAUUUCCAGUUUUUAUCUGAUAUUUUCUAUAUGUUGUUUAUACAGGGAAUGGAGCUAUUUUAGGCUUAGGUAAUAUUUCAUGCUUAAACUGGGAAGUCAUGCGCGGUCGCUAGACUUUAGUGAGGUUUAUCUGAAAGUUACUUUUAUUUGACAGGGACGGUCUCUUCUUACUUACCAUGUCUCAAAACCAAUUUGUCCGAAUUUUAAUGCUUGAGGAUUAUAUUCUUCUUUGUUGAGGAGAGGUGACCUUUAACUUGUUUUACAGAGGCCUCGGAAGAAUGCCUUGAGCGAGAUAAUGCUAGGCCAGCACUAACGAUAGAUGCAGAGGGCUUGUGUUGAAGGGCUGUAGGUGUACAUCUCGAAUUGUACGCAAACAGUUGGUAGUACAUUUUGUUAAUGUACAUUUUCUGAGUCGUCCAAGAACGGCGAUUAUGCCACAUCUUUUCGUUUCUUGGUAUAUUGGAUAGUCGACCUUGAAUUUUGGCCUCGCCUUAUUACUGUGGCUCUGUAUCUAUCAAUAGUGUCAGUCUAGCAUUAUCUUUGGGCAAUCCUCUAGUGUCUGCACUGCUUAUAAAUAGGGAUGUUUAUACUGUACUAAUGUGGAAACCACACCAUAUAUACAUGUAUAGUAUGAGAAAUCUUAAAUUAAAUAAUUGUAUAGAAAUGUGUAUCAUUUAAACCUGACUGUUACGUGUUAAACGCUGUAAAAAAGAUUAUGCAAAGAAUUCAUGUUCAAAGCCUGCUGCCGUUUUUGGGCAGCUUAUGUGUGGGUGUCAUGUAAAUAUCAUGUACAUGUAAGCAGAUGAGCUAUAAAUAGCUAUAAAGAAGAGUCGAGAAGCUGUGUCGUUUAAAGGUCUAUAUCUGUGUUGUCAGUGAUGUAUUGUUAUUAUGUAUGUUGAGAUAUCUCCAGAAUUGGUCAUUUUUACUUAAAUCAAAAGAUAUUCUAAUAUAUGUACAGUAUAUCACUGUUAUUGUAUUGGAGCCUUUUCAGUUGUUAUAAGCUACGGUAGCUAUUUCAUAGACUAGUUUUUGCUUUAUACUGGUCCUGUUCAAAACUUGAUGGCCUGUUUGCUUGUGAUAAAAUAACACUUUACCCCUUAUGGAUAAUCAAGAUGGCGAACCUCUUUGUAUCUGUUUGGAUGGAGUGUUUUACUUAUGUUGGAAGUGAUGCAGGAGUACGUUCAAUUGACCCCCAUAAUCUGGACACCUCUCAACGUGGAAACAAGUCACUUGGUCUUCCAGUGCAAUCAUUGUUUGAAUGUGUUUUACAAUAUUUAUCAUGCCCCCUACUGAGAGAAUGAGUUUGAUUAAAAUUGUGAUGAAUUUAGGAUGAAAAGAUGACCCUGGACAGACUCAGAGAAAAGAAGAGUGUCCUUGCUGAAAAGAGAGAACCCUUAUGGUUUUAUCAGCCAAUUGACCAAGUUUGUGGUCGGUUUCUUUAAGAUUUAAAAGAAUGAACCCACCCCUCUGUUCCUCACCUUCUUUCGCAACUUCUAUAGUCUCAAGAGACAUGCUGUGUAAAAACAAUACAGUUUAUUUUGCCAUUUCAAACUAUGACGACCAUAAAACCAUGAAACUACGCCAUUGAUAAUUCAAUAGUAACCAUUGCACGUCCAUUAUAAAAGGAGAAGAGCUCUCAAUGCAUCCUUAGUUCAUUGACAAAAGUAUGUGUUCAUUUGCUAACUUAAUACUGUAAUUGUAAUAUUCUCUUCCAAUGUGUUGCCUCUGAUAAAUCUAUCUCUUCUUUUAAAAGUCUGUGAUCUUUCAAACAGCCUGCAUGGUGUUUGAUAUUUAUCUUUACUUUGUUCUAUUUUGUUUUUUUAAGAUACUUAGCUGCAUUUUCCUGGGGAGUGAUGUACAUAUUAACUGCCUCUACUAUAAGCCUAUCUCUGUAAUAUUCAAUUUCAGUUUGGAUUGUCUUUGAAGAGAAGCAACUUUCUCAAGCUUUGUGAACCUCACCUCCAAUUCCUUUGUAGCUAGAGUAUAGAGCCAUGCUGAACAUCUACUCUAAACCACUAAAUUUUCCUAGGUCUUUUAAUUUUGCAGAUUUUGCCAUUGCCCUCAAUUCGCCCAAACAAAAGUCACAAAAAAAACACUUUUGAUUGGAAAGACUGAAAGAUAUUUUGCAAUACGUUAAAAAAAACUGCGACAAAUUUUUAGAAAAUCUCACAUUAUGCGGUUUACAGUUUGAUUACUUGCUCACGUAAAAAAGGACCGUACUUAAUGUGAUAUGAUAUUCUGCUCUGAGACUUGUUUAAAUUUUAGAAUUUCUAUUACUUUGUUGUUAAGUUAUUUCAUGUGUAUUUGGUUAUUGAAUGUCUUUUAAAGAUGACAGCGACUUCAUGUCUGAAUUCUUCAGUAUUAGUUUGAUGAGUUUGAGUGUGAUUGCUUAACUAAUUAAAAGUUAAUGAGUUAAUUUUUGUUUUGCUGUAGGUGAUAGUGUACAUAGGUACCAACCAGUCCAGCAUGAGUUAGUAGCUUGUUGAGCAGGAGAACAUAAUGAGAGGGAAUAAAGGUCUCUCACUGGUUAUGGGUGAAGAAAAUUUGGAUUUGCUCCUCUGUUGUUCCCUUUUCAUUGUCCUGUCCUCUGUAGAGAUUUUUGGAUUGAGAAAUCGAUACUGAGCUGUUGGUGUUGAGGUAUUGUUUGUCUUUCAAAACACUGCAAGGGUGGAGGUAAAAUUAAGACCAAAGCCAGGGCGCCAGCCGAAGCAUUCAGUAAAAUGACCAGUCCGCCUGAGUGUGUUUGAUAAGACAACCAAUACCAACAAUGAGGUGUCAACUUUUGAUUCUGGAAUAUACCUCUUAUUUUGGAUGUAAUCCACAGAGUCGGCUUUUGACAAAUCUGUCUCACCAAAUUUCUGGUCAAAUGAAGCUCUAAAACAUAAUCCAUCAUAACAUUAUGAAACACUGUAACCGAGCUGUUUUUGGUGUCUGAUUGUAUCAAAGCUAGAGGGAUGUGGCAAUUUGGUGUUUGUAUUUUUUAGCAUCAGCACAUAUGAAUUCAAUGUUUAAAAGAAUUUCAAAAUAGAUGUUGCCCUGGAUGCCAAUAAAAACAUUUGUUAUUAUUGUCAUUUUCGAUUUUCUACUGUAAGUACAUUAGGUCGAAAUCCGUGUGCCUCGAUCUGUACAAAAUCAGCAACCUUGUCCCAAGGAUUGUCUUACAGAUGCCAUUGAAUGGUAGAGAAGUGUUCAACUAACCCUUGGGACAUGGAUUCUUGUGAUAGAAUAAUGUGUAAAGUGUGUGUAUGUUGUGGCAAAUGUGCCACCUACUUUGUGUAGAGAGAACUAAAGUUCUUGUUGACCACAUAACAGUUUAUAUGCGAGGGUACUGACUCUCAAGUAGGCCCCUUCUGCAAGCCCCAGAAUUGUGCCUUCAAUUUCAUUAGGACUGUUUAACUGACUCCAAUGUUUGGAUCUCCAGAAGUAUGAAAUGAUGCUACAGAAAGAUAUUGGGGUGUACCAUAAUAUUGACUUCAGUCAACCGACCCUGGUAUGUCUCCAAACUCUGCAAUUCCUCACAGUAAAAUUGUGUUAGUGGUCUGUGCACACACUCAGUACUGGAUGGCUGAAGCUUUGUAUCUUCUAGAUUUUGGCUGUCGCUGGUUGCAGUCAGAUUAUAUAAAUUUUAAUUAAGUGGAUACUUAGAUAAUUAUCAAAUAAA